AUGAAUUUAGGAAUUGAGUAAAUUAUACCUAGUUUGUAGAAUAGCAUUGUGAAUCACACUUAAUCAAUUAUUUUAGAUGAUUGUGUAUCAGAAUUUCAGAAAUAUUUGGACAAAGUAAUUCCAAAUUAUUUUUAAGACUCCAAAGCAAAGAAAAAUUUAUUUAAGGACCAAAUGACUACUAAUGUGAUAAGUACACAUUUAUAUUAUCGAUCAUAGGUUCAUUGUUAAAUUUGACCAACCAGUCAGAUUUUUUAAAACCUUAUGACAAAGAAAUUACUCUUACAACUAUGACUAAAUUAUAUAAAAUUGUAUAAGAAAUAUCAGAGAAUGGAAAAAUUGUAGUUUUUAUUAAUCAAACUAUUUUGAAUAUCGAAAGAGAUACAAUUCGAUAAUUGUAGGAUUUAUAAGAUUUAUUUUAAUUACUACUCUCCUCCAAAUCUUGUGGUAAAAUGAUACUAUUAAAAUAAUUUGAUUAAUAUGUAAGAAAAUUACAAUAAUAUACAUAUUUCUGGGAAAGCCUAAUUUUAUUAGAAAAUUAACAAAGUCCAAAGAUCUCAAGGGAAUCAUUGGCUAAGGAAACAGAUCUAGUAAAUAAAAUUGAGCUUUGGAAGAUGAUUCUAAUUUAAGAACUAAAUAAAACUCCAUCCUCUAAAGGUACCUCACUAAUUUUAGAACAAUAAAAAAUCAUCCAAACCUAAUCUCUCCAUUAAAAGAAUAUCCUCAAAGCUUUGUAGUAGUAUUGCGGAUUGGGACUUUAAAAGAACUAAUUAUAAUCGAUUUAAUUAUUUGAAGAAUUAGCCAGAUCUGGCAAUCCUUUAGCCAAUGCCAUUUUGGGAUAAUUAAUAUUGGAGGGUUAAAUAUGUGAGCAAAACUAUGAGAAGGUAAAAGUACAUACCUGACUAUUUACAUAGGCAUAUGAAUACUUUUUAGAAAGUGCUGACCAAAAUUGUCCGAUUGGGAUCUACUUUAUGUCAAAAUUAAUAUUAGUAACCAUAUUAGGUAAACUAUAUUAGGAAGGCAAAGUCCAGAAUAAAAUAUUUGGAGAAGCCUAAAAAUCUAGUAGUAAAUUCAAUAAUACAAACAAUUCUAGGAUCGAGGAAUGCCAAUUCGCAAUUUCUAUGCUGAAAAUAGCAUCCGAAGCAGGAAAUGUUGAAUCAAUGAUUUAUUUAGGAGAUCUCUAUUCUUAAGGAUACAAAUUAGAUGAUUGUAUUAAGAUAAAAUAUUCAAAGUCACCUUGGAUAGUGAUUAUUCGACAUCUGAGAUUUAUUUCAAAGAGGCUAGCAAAUAAGAAAGUGUAGAAGCAAAGUUUAAAUUAGCUAAGCUCUAUUAAAAGAUGUUUAAAAUUUCAAUUUAUAAAGUAUUAUUAAUUUUCGAUGUUUGUUAGAAUAGGAUACAAUUCGUACACUAAUUAUUAUUGGAGGCUAAGAAUAAUGAGUACUUGCCUGCUUAUUAUGAUAUGGCCAAACUGUUAAUUGAAGGUAUAAAAGAUGAUUUGCAACCUAAUUAAAUUAUGGCAGAAUUAAUAUUAGAAUAAGGAGCAAUGAAGGGUAAUUCAGACUGUGCAAAACUUAUCCUAGAGAUCAAAUAUAACAAUUUAAUCAAUAACAAAAUCAGUCUAUCAGAGUUCCUACAAUUAUUGGAUUCUUUAGAUUAAGUUUAGAAUAAAGUUGAAAAUUUCACUUUUUAUUAUAGAGGGAAAAUUGCGUAAAAUGGGUUGUAAAAUGAGAGUAAUUCUUAAAUUGCCAUCUAACUCUUUAAGUAUUAAAAAUGGAUUUUAAUUAGUUUAGGAUCUAAUUUAGGAUGCAGUAAGUGUAAAUAAGAGUUAAGUUAAGGUACAAAAAAAGAGUUGAUCUCAAAGAAAGAAGGAGUAGAACAAUAGGAAAAACAGGAGAAAUAUUAAGCAAGUCUCGGUUUUGUUUAAUAGUUUAAAUAGACUGAUUGGAGAUCAAGAUUCAGAAAACAAAGCAUAUUUUCCAACCCAUUCAAUAUCUCAUUAAUAGACAAUGAUCAAUCAACAAUGUAAAUUCUACAUAAUUUGACAUAUUAGAUAAGCUAGAAUGACAUCCAGUAUCAUUAAAACAAUAGAAAUUAAUGAUGCGGAGAAUAAGAGGAAGCGAGUUAUAUCAGAUUAUACAGGAUUUUCUAAGCAAUAACCUUCAGAUUAAAGUAUAUUGCUGUCGAAUUUGAAAUUGUACCCGAACAAUCAGCAAUAGUUGAAUUCAAACUAUUAGAUUUAAGAGUAAAAGUCAAGAAAAUCAUCAUUUUAUACAAAGAAAGAAAAACCAAAAUUUUUAAGGCACUUGUCGUAACAUGCAAUCCAUUCAUAAUCUUCAAAUUUACUAAAUUUUUAAAAUACAUGA